AUGCAAUAUUAUUCCGGGUUCAAAUCCGCUAGAAGACGAAAUAGCUCUCACGCUCGAAAGAUGAGCUAUACUGUCGGCGUCGAUCUGGGCACCACUACAGUCAAAGUUUGUGUGGUCAAAGGAACUCAAAUUGUAAGGGAAGAUCAGGUACGCCAUGAAUCGAACAUACCUGAGCGCUUGGGAGUACAGAGAGCCAAAAGGAUUAUCGAAAUGGCUGUGGACCUCUUGGAAAAAACCGUGCUUGAAGUGACGAAGAAUCCAGCUGAGGACAUAAGCCGUAUUGGAAUCUCUGGCCAACAACAUGGUAUAGUCUUGUGGAACUCGGAUGCUCUGAAAAAGGGUGUUCUGGAUUGCUCCGAGCUGUACAACUGGAUGUAUCCCGGUGAUGCAGAGGCUCCAGUUAAUUUACCCAGAUCAUCCAGCAACUGUGUAUUCCCUGGAUACGGUAUGCGGACAUAUGUGUGA